GUGCGGCGGCGCCAUGGCGACCCUUUGUGGGCGCUGACCGAUCCGGGUGCCCGAAGGAGUGGCGGGGUCUGCCUUGCGGCGCCGGUAAGUGUGUAGCUGGUUUGCGCCUUCGAGCUUCUGCGGCAUGGGCGGCGUCGGCGCAGAGCACCCCCGGGGCGGUCGGGCGGCCUCAGGGUCCUCGGGCUUCCUGCGCCGGCCGCCCUUCGGCGCUCACGACGCCGCGGCGUGUUGAGUGACACAUACCGAGAGCCGGAGCGGCGGGUCUGAGCUGGCCGUCCCGCCCUCCGCCCACGCUCCCCUGCUUCCGCUCUCUCUUCCUCCCGUGGCCUUGCCUUUCUCCGCGGUCCCCUCUUCUUUGGUUCACCCCGCGUCGGUCUUCCACCUCACCUUUCGAGCUGGCCGCCGCUUGCUGUGCGCAGUUUCGGGGGACUGGACCUUCCCUGGCUUUUAGCAGCGCCGAGCCCCAACCGUCUGUCUGCUGGCCAGGGACCGAUUCCCGAUUCCGGGAGGGCUGGGUGGGCUCCGUGCAGCCGCCCGCCUGCUGGUGCCUUGUCUUGCCAUUGCAUGAAUAUGAGGAGGAUGGAGUUGCCUGGGUGUGGCCUCUGGAGACUGCCUGCCUUUUCUCUGGCCCAUAAUUCCAGUGGGAGUCCUGGGUAUUUCAACUGGAUUGUUUCCAGGUUGCGGCAACUGACAGGAUGUUUGCUAGAGGGCUGAAGAGGAAAUAUGGUGACCAGGAAGAAGGAGUAGAGGGUUUUGGCACUGUCCCUUCCUAUAGCCUGCAGCGACAGUCACUCCUGGACAUGUCCCUUGUCAAGCUCCAGCUCUGUCACAUGCUAGUGGAGCCCAAUCUCUGCCGCUCGGUCCUCAUCGCCAACACAGUCCGGCAGAUCCAGGAGGAAAUGAGCCAGGAUGGUGUGUGGCAUGGGAUGGCACCCCAGAAUGUAGAUCGGGCACCAGUUGAACGCCUGGUGUCCACAGAGAUCCUGUGUCGUACAGUGAGGGGAGCUGAGGAAGAGCACCCUGCUCCUGAACUGGAAGAUGCUCCCUUGCAAAACUCGGUUUCCGAGCUCCCCAUCGUUGGCUCAGCACCAGGGCAAAGGAACCCUCAGAGCAGCCUCUGGGAGAUGGACAGCCCACAAGAAAACAGGGGAAGCUUUCAGAAGUCACUGGACCAGAUAUUUGAGACCCUGGAGAACAAAAACUCCAGUUCAGUGGAGGAACUCUUCUCAGAUGUGGACAGCUCCUACUAUGACCUGGACACAGUGCUAACAGGAAUGAUGAGUGGGACCAAGUCCAGUCUCUGCAAUGGCCUUGAGGGCUUUGCUGCAGCCACCCCUCCUCCCAGUUCCACUUGCAAGUCUGACCUGGCUGAGCUGGACCAUGUGGUAGAGAUUCUGGUGGAGACCUGAGAGGCCACCCCAGUGGGCUAAGGGUGAGGCCACCAGUCCCCAUGGAGCUCACGUGUGUUGUGACCCAGAGACAGAUAAGCACUUGUCCUAAGAGGGGCUCUGGCUCUUGAGCUCAUUAUCCUUUUGUGUGACAUUGGACUCACUGUGGAGGAUGGUGUGUCACAGCUAUGUCUAGUCUAUUUUCAAUUAGAUAGGUGAACUUUCUAAAAUUAAGUUUUAUAUGUUUUUGGGCAAUAUUUUGUCUUAAGAUAUAUUUUUUAAACUUUUUAUACUUUAGAUUUUUUUCAGCUAUUUUCUUAAAAGUAUAUUUUUUCUACAAACAUCCUCUGCUGCUACAUUAGAAACAUUUAUAACCUAAAUACGAUUGGUGUGUCAUUUUAAAGGUUUAAAUAGAAAACUUCUUUUGUUACUGAGUCUCUACACUCCCAAGGCAACUGUAAAUGUAGCCGGCCGGGUGUUUACAUGAGAGGCUCCAGUAUGGUCUACAUUCUAGUAGAGCUUGAAAAGAACCAUGCACAGCUCCACUGCCCCCUCACUGGGUCUGCUCUGGCGGAUCGGAGCUCUCUUCCUAGCCCCGUGUGCAGGAUGGCUUUAUUUAUGCCUAUUUAUAUGUAAAUGCCACUGAAAGCUAAGGUCUUACUCCUGGAAAUCCCAACACCAGUUCUUCAGGGACUGCUGUGAGGCAGUGCCUUAUGCAGGUCUUGUCCUUGGCCAUCACUGUCUGGUUCCCAGCCCAGCACAUGUGACAUGAGGACAUGACAUGCCCGAACCACCCAGCACCACAUGCUCCAUGUCAAGUGUGUACGUGGAGACCACUGGCUCCCAGGCCUGUGCUCAGAGAGGGUGUGCAGUCCUACGUGUGCUGGGGGGGACGACGGUGACCUGUGCUUGCUUGCUUUUAAAAUGGUGCUUGGACGUUUUAAGGUUAAAAACAAUCCGACUCCAUAUGAUUUAGGGCUCCUCCACCCUGGGGUGGCCCCUAUGCUGUCUGCUUGGAUCUCAAAGUCUUGGUACUCGGCACUGUCAGACUCCACCCCAUGUAUCCUUUUUGUUUCUCUUGUGCUUUUUUUGGACUUCCCAACCUGAGCCUAAGGUUUUAUUUUAUAUGUGCUUCAAUAUCAACAAUGUAAACCUCACUUUAUUAAAAGUAUCCAGCAAAUGGAA